UUUCUCUCUGGAUUCUGUUUCGACUUUCGACUCUUGGUGUCUGCAUUUGACGUGGAACCGCACCAAUCUUUAUCCGCCUCGUGGCCUCGGUCAAACACUCCCCCAUUAAAAAGCAGUCCAAACAUCAACUCAAUUGGUCUUCGUUUUCUGUUCUCGCCUUCUGAGUUCGUUGGUUCAAUUGAGCUUCUUGCAACGUAGAGUCCUCCUCUCUGUUUCUCUCUUCUCAUCCCCUGAAGAAUUCCGGAAGGAUGCCGUUUUGCGACGUCAACCAGUACCAGAGAGAAGGAGGAGAAAGAAACAAUGGAUCUAAGAUUUUUUAUAGAACUUAUGGUCAUGGAACUACCAAAGUUCUUCUCAUUAUUGGUUUGGCAGGCACUCAUGAUUCCUGGGGUCCCCAAAUUAAGGGCCUUACGGGUUCGGUGACACCCAAUGAUGCCGAUCGGGCGGUCCCCAAUCAAAAUCCCAACGACCCAGAGGAAUGGGAAGCUGCCGACGCCAACAGGGGAAUAGAGGUCUGUUCCUUCGACAACCGUGGGAUGGGUCGGAGCUCGGUUCCCACCAAAAAAUCAGAAUAUACAACAACUAUCAUGGCAAAAGAUGCAAUAGCUUUGAUGGACCAUUUGGGAUGGAAAAAGGCUCAUGUCUUUGGGCAUUCAAUGGGAGCUAUGAUUGCUUGCAAGUUGGCUGCAAUGGUGCCAGAUAGGAUAUUGUCUUUGGCCUUACUUAAUGCAACUGGUGGAGGUUUUGAAUGUUUCCCAAAGCUUGACCGUCAGAUUGUAUCCAUUGCAAUCCGAUUCUUAAAGGCAAAGACUCCUGAGCAAAGAGCCGCUGUUGACUUGGAUACUCAUUACACGAAGGAAUAUCUUGACGAAUACGUUGGACCUCACACAAGGAGAACAAUCUUACAUCAAGAGUAUGUCAAAGGUAUCUCAUCAACUGGAAUGCAAUCUAAAUAUGGAUUUGAGGGUCAAGUUAAUGCCUGUUGGACCCAUAAAAUGACAUCAAAAGAACUUACAGUGAUCCGAUCUGCUGGAUUCGUUAUUUCGGUCAUUCAUGGCAGGCAUGACAUCAUUGCUCAAAUAUACUACGCAAGGAAACUUGCAGAGAAGCUUCAGCCCAUGGCAAGAAUGAUUGAUCUCCAUGGAGGACAUCUAGUGAGCCAUGAAAGACCGGAAGAGGUCAAUCAAGCUCUUCUAGAGUUGAUGAAGGCAUCAGAAUUGAAGUUGAAUCCGCAUGAUUGGUCAAACUUUCCCAAGAAAGGAACUGAGUGGCAACAAAUGGAGACUCAAAUAUCUUUAAGCAGAAGGAAUACUGAAGGAAGAAAGUAUUUAUACGUCGUGUAUGAGAUUCUAUCCAGGUUUCAAUUUAGCCUUCUGUAUAUGUUUGGUCUCUUUGUGACGGUAUUUGAAUAUGGAAGGAAAGCUUUCAGUAAUUCAAAGCCAGUUCAAGUUGGGGCUUCCCUUUCAUAAAAAAGGCUGGGACUCACUGGUGUAUUCAAUAAGUAGCCAGAUCAAUGUAUAGCAAAGAGAUACACUAGACCAGUCUCAACCAAUUUCCAAUCAAUCAAGGGACCCGAGAGUCAUAUUCUUGCGUUAUGGCGCUGGUCAGAUAGGAUUACAGUAGCAUGAUUGGAGUACGAAAUACACGAGAUUUUGGCAUUAAAACUAAGAUGUAUUAUUAGGCCUUUCCGUUCUUAUGCUUACACUGAAGGGUAUAAGCAGGGAAUGAACGGGCCUCCUGCCCAACCCCAUUGGAUUUUCUUUGCCUGCAAACAGACCCUCGUAGCUGAAAAUUGUAUAGCAACAUUAAAAAUUUUGUACCGCAUACACCUUAGAAAUAAAAUGAUCGAUUUAUUUCUCGUUUA